AUGGAAGGUAAGGGCAAGGGUGAAGGUGCCGGCGAGAGCGUGAACGCCAGCGAGGACGUCGGCGCGGGCGAGGAGGAGGGCGAGGACGCGGGCGAGGGCGCCUCUGUCAGGCGACCGCCUCGCCCUCCCCUCGCGCCUGUCACAUGCCCGCCGCCCAAAUUGAUUGCAGCGUCAACGAGAAGCGCGUGCAUGGCGCCUCUGGAGGAAUCGCAUUCAGGAGCGACGGCGCAGCGCACGGCCAGAAACGGCCUAAAGGUCACACCAAGAGAAUGGAGGCCGUAUAAUCCUAUUGUUUUAAUAGAAAACGUGGCUUUUGGCAAUAAUGAUGCGCAUGCGCCUCCUCGUGUUGCUGGCUGGUCGUGGGCGCAGGCCGAUCCUACUUCGAGAACCACCUGCCCUACACCAUCUGGGUUGGCUCCCUGGGCAAUGCCGGGCUCACCCCCAUUGACGGUGGCGGCUGGGAGAUGGGGCCCGGCGCGUCCAAUGGUAACUUCACAACCAGCACAAGUCAUGAUGACUCGUCUGACAGCGCUCCUGCGAUCUAUUGGUAACUUCGUGCACUAUUGUAUGCCAACAGUAAACAGUGGGUCAAUGAUCGAUGAUUUCUAUACAGCUUAUUUUGUCACUGUUGACACAAUGAGGUUUAGAGAAUAUAACCGGUGGCUAAGAGCGUGCCCGACAACUGGGCCGGGCGCUUCUGGGCGCGUACCGGCUGCAACUUCGGACGCCGCGGGCAAGGGGCUGCGCGUCGGCGACUGCGGCCGCGGCCUCCAAGUGCACGGCGCCGGCGGCAUCCCGCCCGUCACUCGUCGAGAUUGAAAAACCGCCCUUGUUGCCCAAGGGCUGGGCGGGGCUCGACCUACUACGAACGUCAGCAAGCGCUCGACGGGUUCAACGUCAUGGCCUCCAUACUCCCACCGACCAGUCCGGCUCGGGUGCCAAGCUGCGCAGCGCCAACUGCAAUCUGACAAUCGAGCAUCUGCCCCAGCGAACUGCAGGUUGUAAGCAAGGCCGGUCGUGGGCUUGCAAGAGUGCUGUCUGCCUUCAAUUCGCUACUACUGUUGUCUGCGCGCCUACAUAAACCCCGCCACUGCAGUCCGUCCGCCCCCACGUGGCCCGUCAACUACCGCAAGAAUCUCAAGGAGCGCUGCCCGCAGCCUACAGCUAGCUACGACGAUGUCGCCAGCACCUUUUCACCUGUUCCAACACCAAUACGCAUCGUACUUCGCGGCUAACUAAGCGCCAAAGGACUGGCAAACCUCUUUUUCUGGAAUGACCUUCUUUAUGCCACCGUCUUUCAAACUUCUCUAUAUCCUUGUCUGUAUCUUCUUUGUUCUAUUUUUCUCGUCUCCGGUUCGUUUUUUGUGUAUGCUACUGCUUGUCUUGGUAUUUGGCAGAUACGUGUUUGUUUGUUUAUCAUUCUUGUCAUGUGUAUGCUACCGUUGAAUGAUGUAAAGCGGGGAGAGUUUCGAUGUGUAGAUUAACAUUUCGUGCUAUUUUGUAAAAAUCAAUCUUCGUUCUUUUCUCUCUCUGGUGACAAUACACUCACAAUAAAAAAAGUACCAAUUUAAUCAAGAUGUUCAUUGGUUUUUCUUUUUUAACAUCUACCAACUAAUUAUAGAUGGUUGAGGAUAUAUGUUGUUUUGAUGUAAUGAAAUGAGAUGAUAGGGACAAUAUCGUAUGUAUAGAUUUUAACUCCAAAUUUCAAACAAUUUAUUUUUCUGAUUGCCACUUUAUCCAGUAUCUAAAUGCGGUUCCUAUCUGUUAUGCAAGAAAUCGUAACCAAACUUUUACCAGUUUAAAUAUAUUACGAUUUAUGUAAAGAGGAAGGAAAGCCAUCAACAUGUAGUAUGAAAUGGG